CUUGAACCUUCAUAUAUACUCCAUGCACCAGCUUUUCACCAAGGUGAAGCCAACACAGUUAGAAAGAUUUUAAGAAAUCUCUACUUACAGUACGGCUAUUACGGCGAGAGUGUCUUUUUAGUAGAGACUUCCCCGCCAGCACCGAGAGCGCCACUCCACCAUGUCAGAAAUCAACGUCGCUGCCGUGCUCUAUCCUAAGCCUGAGAAAUUUGAUGAGCUCGCUGCACUCAUUGCUGAGGUCACUACCAAUGUCCAGGCUAACGAGCCGGAUACACUUGUAUACUAUGCAAUCAGGGUUCAAAAAAAGAAUGAAAUUGUCAUCAUCGAAAGAUAUAAAAACCAAGCCGCUGUUCAAGCACACCUCAAAGCCCCCUACUUCCGCAAAUUCUCAGCUAAACUACCAGAGUUACUAGCUAAGCCAGUGGAGCUGCGAUCUGGGACACUGCUAGAGGGCUCUUGUGUAGUGUCUCGGCUGUAAGGAAGUUAUAAUGAAGUAAUGAGAGUAGAGUAGGGUAAGUUGCAAGCUAGGGAGGUUAGACUACCUCGAGAGAACCCACGCGCAAGAGAGGGAUACUUGGUUGACAAAUCCGGCUAUAUACAUUAUUGAUAUAGUGCAAAAAAAUCCAUUCAAGUCUGGGAC